AUGAGGUUUUUCACAAGCAAUUUGGUCGUCGCCUCGUUGGUUGCUGGAUCUUGGGCUGCUGGUCUUGAUAUACGGCAAGAUCCCAAUGGCAACUCGGGUAAUGCCAACAUAACCAUAAUCGACGGCCAGGGCAAUGGCGAGAAUAACACGGACACUUCUACAACGAUAGACUCUUCUGUAACGCAAACUAUUUCAGCACAAGCUACUUCAACAAGUACUGGAGCAGCUAUGGCUAUGGGACCAGGGCCAACUGUCAUGCCAUUGUUAGCUGGCGGUGUUCUAGCAGCGGCUGUCAAUGCGGCCCUCCUUCUUUAA